AUGCCGUUUGCACCGAUAACGGGUGACAUCACACCCGAGACCUCUGGCUCCCCGACGCGCACUCGUAGUAACCCCUCGCCGCCUCCCCCCAAGGCUAUCGGGGCGUGCAGUUCAUCUACCACUCCGCCCCUGUGGUCGUAUUACGAGGUGCAAGUGGAAGCUGAGGGACGUCGACGCGGGCUGGGUCAGAGAGUGCUCAGAGUGCUCGAGAAACUCGCGCACUCAACACGCAUGCGUUACGUGAGGCUGACAGCUCUGACGCACAACCCGUCCGCUACGGCCUUCUUUAAAGCUUGCGGGUAUAGCUUGGAUGAAACAAGUCCGUCAAAAGAAGAAGCUACUCACUACGAGAUCCUCAGUAAAGCGACCCUGAGUGAUUCAGAGACCGACCAGCGUCAAGGCGAUGAAGACACUGCAGAAAAAAUGGCUGUUUCC